GUGAAUGUUUCGAUAGACAGUAAAAAAAGAAAUGAAUCGAUAAUUUACGUAGAAAAUCUAUUUUGUGUUAUUUUUUUUACAAGAAAUUUAAAUUCUUUUAAAUAAAAGUGUAUUUCCUUAAUUAAAUACAUUAAAGGGAACUUAUUUUAAUAAUUUAAUAAAGAUUUAUAAGAAAACAACAAUGUCUACAACACGAGUGCCCCAGUUGCGUAUGGGUCAACAGGAUCUAAAAUGCAGACAGGGUUGCGGUUAUUACGGUAACUGGCAGUUCGAUGGUCUCUGCUCCAAAUGUUUUCGUGAACGCAAUGAACAACGAAAGAAAUUGGCUCAAGACACACCCAAACCAAGUGGCUCAGCUUCACCUCAGCAACAGCAUGAUAAGUCUUCAGCGUCAUCGUCAGGUCACAAAAAACCGGUAGCCACUACUACAGCGACAGGCGAGGGCAUUAACACUUUGACCAAGAAAAAAUCUCUAGUGCCAGCCGUAUUCCAAAAGACUUUACAAAAUCAAUCGUUAAAAAAGCAAUCACGUCAGCGUCAUGAAGCAUCCUCACAUCACAAACACUAUGUUCCCGAUCCGACUGAAAGUCAAUUUAUACUACAACUUAGACAACUGCGUAUACCCGACGAUGGUAAACGUAAACUGAAAACUGAGAUACAACGUUUAGACAGUGCUAUACGCUCAUAUAUAAAUAGCACAGGAGCAAAAAAUAUUGAUGAACUUUCAGAAUUAGUACAGAAUGCAUAUACGAAAUUUGCUGGUAUUGUACAUAACGAUCAGAGAUUUCAAAUAGCCACCAAUGAAGAUCGUGAAAGUACCAUAGAUUUUUUUGAAAAAGUUGUAAUGACUCAGAAUCAUAAAUUCUUAUUUAGUCCUUAUUUUACCUCAGACGAAGAGAAUGAUGUUAAAAUACAAAAACGUAUACGCCAACUUAGCUGGAUAACGGCCAAACAUUUGGCCUGUAGUAUAGAUGAGGUAAAUGCGGAGUCAAGAGAACUGGUAUACAAUGCCAUAACAGAACUUGUGGGUAUUGAUUCAUUUUACUCACCCCAAGAGAAAUUGGAAUGUACUGUACGCUGUUGUCGUCAUAUUUUUGAAUUACUAAAACAUUCCGUUGGUGGCCCGGCCAGUGCUGAUGAAUUUCUACCAGCUCUUAUAUUUGUGGUGCUUAAAGCCAAUCCCGUGCGUUUGCAUAGUAAUAUUAAUUUUGUGACACGUUUUACUAAUGCUUCACGUUUGAUGAGUGGUGAAGGUGGUUAUUAUUUCACAAAUUUGUGUUGUGCUAUUUCUUUUAUUGAAAAUCUCACUGCUCAGAGUUUAAAUAUGGAUGAGAAGGAGUUCGAUUUAUUGAUGUCGGGCUCAAAACACUACAGCACACCCUGGGAGAGUGCUUUAAUGGCUUGCGAAAGUUUGCACUUGAUUUCGGAAAAUAUGAAACGUAUGGAAAUGCUUAAGACUCGCAAUCAGAAUAUAAAUAGUGGCAUACAACAGUUUGCAUUGGAUUUAAAGGAAUUUCAGUUGGAAAUAUGUUCAAAAGUUGAUGCCGUACUAGCCAAGGCUCCUCUCACCAUACUACCCAUUAAGACACCAGAAUUCUUAAUACCUCAGGCACGAGCUCAUCUUACAAACGAAUCCGAAAACGACAACGAUGAAAACAAAGAAAAUGCUGCAGAUAAAGAAAAAACCAUAGAAAAUGUUGCCAAAGUUUUAGGGGGCCAUUACAAACACAAUUUAAUGGCUGCCAUGGAUGCUACUGGUUACAGUUCGACACCCAUUGCAGCAAAAGAAACACAAAACAAAGUUUUACCUUUACCAUUAAAACCCCAAAAAUUAGUAGCAUCACCUAAAAAACUAACAUCGGCUGAUGAUAGUGUUCUGGACACAAGUACAUCCAAUAUACAUCAACUCUCUAUAAGAGAUGGUGCCAACAAUAGCAGUUUGGGUCGUCUAUCGCCCUUACCCUCAUCUCAGCAGAGCACCGAUAUGUUAUUCGCUUCUCCUAUAUUUAACUAUACAUUCGAUAGUAAUUCUCUGCUCGAUGAACCAUCCGAUUCAACAGAUGAUUUAAUGUUAACUGCUGAAUUUCGCGGUGGUUUGACAAAUAUUAACUAUGAUUUUGAUUUGUCUGAUCACAGCAAUGAAAAUAGUGUGGCCGAUGAUGUUAAAAUCAAUUUAGCAGAAUUUGAUCCUCUGUUAAAAGCAGCAACACCACCUUUUGAAAAUCAACCACAACCUUCCACAUCUAGUCAAAUGCAGGCAAAUUCUUUGCCCAUUUUAGAGGAUAAUACAAAAAGUUUACUCGAUAGCGAUUCACCUGCUAAUGAACCAAUGCUUCCGUCACCUUUAAAACCCAUGAUUACCGAUUAUCGGGGGUUUUCUACAUUUGAGAUACCAUCGAUUUCCUGUAAUACCGGCGAUUACAGUUCUCUCACUCAUGCUAUAAACAGUGAUGUUGUUGCGGAACAUCAGCAACAGGGAGAAGAAAUAAAAAGUCUUAAAUGUUAUUGUCCUUAUUAGUAACGUACUCAUUUUUGUAACCCAAGUGUAGUUUUUGCGUAAAUUUGUAUUUUAUGUUUUGUUCAAGUGGCGAAAAAGAAAUAAAAUGUAUGAA